AUGAGCUAUGCUAUAAACAACCUCAGCGUCCCACAUUGAAUAACUGCAGAGCACACUCAGGAGCUCUGGACAUCUGUGUUUCUUUAGUAGUAGGAGAAGCUUAAUGCCAACAAUAUGGGGCAUCAGGUGGUAAUAUUUGACUUUUCUGUCAUAAGAGGACUGUGGGAAACUCGAGUUAAGAAGAACAAAGAACGUCAGAGGAAGGAGAAAGAAAGAUUAGAACAAAGUGCAUUGGAGAAGAUAAAACAGGAGUGGAAUUUGAUACUAGAGUGUCGUAAGAAAGGUAUUCCUCAAUCAAAAUACCUCAAGAAUGGCUUUGUGGACAUCAAUGAUAAGAACCUGGACACUCAUGGAAGGACUCCUCAGCUCAAGAAGAGUCAUGCCUUGUCAGACGGAGUAAAUAAGGAAAAAAACAAGUUUAUUUUUCAGCUUUCUGGAGAGCAGUGGACGGAACUCCCAGAUUCUCUGAAAGAACAGAUCUAUCUAAAAGAAUGGCAUGUGUACAAUACACUGAUACAAAUCAUUCCAGCCUACAUUGCACUAUUUCAAGAUCUGAGAGUAUUGGAAUUGUCAAAAAAUCAAAUCAACCAUCUUCCAGCAGAGAUUGGCCACUUAAAAAACCUCAAAGUGCUCAAUGUGAGUUUCAAUAAUUUGAAGUCAGUUCCUCCAGAACUGGGUGAUUGUGAAAAUCUAGAAAAACUGGAUUUGUCUGGAAAUAUGGAAAUAACAGAACUCCCAUUUGAACUAAGUAACCUGAAACAACUCACGUUUUUGGAUGUGUCAGCGAACAAGUUCCAUUCUAUUCCAAUUUGUGUACUCCGGAUGUCUAAUUUGCAGUGGUUGGAUAUUAGCAGCAACAGCCUGAAAGAUCUCCCAGAAGACAUAGACAGGUUAGAUGAAUUGCAGACACUUCUCCUACAGAAAAACAAGUUGACUUAUCUUCCACGAGCUCUUGUCAAUAUGCCAAAGCUCAGUUUGUUAGUUGUCAGUGGUGAUGACCUGGUUGAGAUACCCACGGCCAUAUGUGAGUCAACCACAGGUUUAAAAUUUGUAAGUCUCAAGGACAGUCCGGUAGAAACGAUUGUAUGUGAAGACACUGAAGAAAUAAUAGAAAAUGAACGUGAACGUGAGCAAGUUGAGAAAGAGUUUAUGAAAACAUACAUUGAAGACCUAAGGGAAAGGGAGUCUACUCCUUCCUACACUACAAAAGUAAUGCUCAGUCUCCAGCUCUGAAGAUUAAAAAUCUCUAGGUUUCUACUGAAUACCUGAAUAACUCUGUUUUUAUCUACAUGAAUAGCAAACACAUGAAAAUAUAGAUGGCCAGAAUGACAUCAAAAUCAUAUAGAAUUAUUUAUUUGUUUCUGUAGUCUUUUCAAGUAACUACAGAUAAAAAAAGGAGCAGUAGAACCUUCACAAGAUGCUGUUUCACAUUUCAGGUCAAAAUGCUUAUUUUCAAGUUCACAGCAGCAGGCACUAAUUUGCAUGUAGACCUGCUGAAAGUAAAUAUUCACUGCAAUUAAGUGUACACAGGCAUAGCUGAAGAAUGAAAACAUUGUAUGUUGUAGUUGAAACAGUGAAACAGAAACCAUGAUCUUAAGAAGAUAUUUGAUUUUAUAAAAGGGGAUAGAUUUAUUUAAAAAAUGAAUGUAAUCUGUUGUUUUCUUAAGACCAAAUACACACAUAUGUAUUUACAAUAUUCAAAUGAGAACACACCCAUAGUUCACAUUUGCAUUCUGUUCUGCAAGAAAAUUGCUCUUGGAAACUUCAGUUUAGAUAAGUUUCAACAACUUUACAUAUAGAAACUGUAGCACUUCUCCUUUUUACUUUCAAGCAUAUUUCAAGCCUUUACCUGUUUGUAAAUUCAACAACCUAUGUGAUUGAAAUUUCUGUGCUAAGCAGUCCUAUAGUAUAGUAGUUUACUAAGUAAGAUUUUAAAGCACUAACUGGCGUCAGCUAAUACUAUUGGCAAAAUGAUGACACAGGUCUUAUAUUAAUGGUUUUAGAUCACAGGAUUUUGUGGAAAUUGGUUAGAAUUUUCCAAGUGGUGUAAGAAUGAGUUUGCUGGUAAAACAUUAUUUUGAUUGCUAUUUAAUAAUCUGUUUAUAUGCUGUUAUUUAGGUGUAUAUAGAGUAGAGUUUCAGAAAUCUAGUUUCACAUGUACUUUUUUGUCCAAUAAAGCAAUAUUUUUAAUCUAAAAA